AUGGCUCUGCGCACCCCAGAGCUGGAACCCAGCCAGGCGCCUGCCCUGGCCAUGCUGGACUCGCAGGAGAGGCGCUCUGACCGCUCCAUCACUUGCUUCAUUAGGAAGUGGAAAGAGAAAGUGGCCUGGCCUCGCAUCACCAAGGAGAACAUCAAGCCGGCCUGGCUUUCAGUGGACUUCGACAACUGGCGGGACUGGGAGGGAGACGAGGAGGUGGAGAGGGCCAUGGUGGAGCAAUAUGCAGAGCUCCUGCAGAAGGUGACGGACAAAGGUCCCCCCCCAACCAUGGACGACCUCGGCGACGACGUCUGA